GGGAUCCUGGAGGCAGCUUCCGAUGGACGUCACAGGAGCAAUGCAGUGUUUUUUGUCAAUUGUAUGAAGCAGAGAAAUACAGAAGGAGCUGACAGAUCUCUGGAUGAUCUAUUAAGGUUCAGUGGAUUCGCUGUACCUAAAGCCAAACAUGGAUAUUCCCAACCCCCCCGAGGAUCAAGAACUGAGGAAUGUCAUUGACAAGCUGGCCCAGUUUGUCGCUCGGAACGGGCCAGAGUUUGAAAAGAUGACUAUGGAGAAACAGAAAGACAACCCUAAGUUCUCUUUCCUCUUUGGGGGAGAAUACUUCAGCUACUACAAGUCCAAGCUUGCUACGGAGCAACAGCAGCAUCCCUCUACCCACGAUGGGGAGGAGUAUAAAUCUGAAGAAAUGUACAACCUGGGCACCAAAGAUGUGGUUGAUAUUCCUCCUCCACCAAUCCCAAUGAUUGCCCCACCUCCGAUUCCUCAGCCUUCUGCGCCCUCUAUUGAUGAGCUCAUCCAACAGAGCCAGUGGAAUCUGCAGCAGCAGGAGCAGCAUCUGCACACACUCAGACAGGAACAAGUGACUGCAGCCAUAGCUCUGGCUAUGGAGCAGCAGACCCAAAAACUGCUGCUGGAAACUCAGUUGGACAUCACAGAGUUUGACAACCUGCUGCAGCCCAUCAUAGACACCUGCACCAAAGAUGCCAUCUCUGCUGGCAAGAACUGGAUGUUUAACAACGCCAAGACUCCACCACACUGUGAAUUGAUGACAUCACACCUUCGCAACCGCAUCACUGCAGAUGGAGCACAUUUUGAGCUUCGCCUGCAUCUCAUCUAUUUAACCAAUGAUGUUCUCCACCACUGCCAGCGGAAGCAGCAGAAGGAUUUGUUGGCAGCUCUGCAAAAAGUUGUGGUUCCCAUCUACUGCACCAGCUUUCUGGCUGUAGAGGAAGAGAAGCAGCAGAAGAUUACCAGGUUGUUGCAGCUUUGGGAGAAGAAUGGAUACUUUGAUGAUGAGACCAUUCAACAGCUCCAGAAUCCAGCAUUGGGCCUUGGCCAGUACCAGGCCUCUCUGAUAACAGAGUAUGCGGCGGUGGUGCAGCCCAUCCAGCUGGCCUUCCAGCAGCAGAUCCAGGCUUUAAAGAUCCAGCACGAAGAGUUUGUUACCAGCGUCAAACAGCAGCAGCCGCAUCAGCCUGCCCCUGUGGCACAGAUAGCUACACCUGCUGAGCCUGAAAAGGCUCCACCUAUGACCACACAAGCUGGGGAUGUUAAGCCUCCCAUGUCGGGUCCUCCUACAGGGGAUUUUGAUGGAGCUACAUCCAGACCACAGGACCCCAGCAACCCCAGUGGACCCUCAGACAUCCCGUCCAACAAGCCUGCAUGGUAUGACCCCCAGCACAUUGGCCCCUGGAAUCCCAACCAGCCGCCUCCUUUUGACCCAAACCAGCCCCCCCCUCCUUGCCCUCCCUGGAACAGCCAUGAGGGCAUGUGGAACGACCAGAGGGACCCAGGGAACUGGAGUGGCGGACCACCCAGAGAAGGAGGCCCUUGGAGCGGUCCAGGUGGGUCAGAUCAAGGCCCCCCAUCAUGGAACUCAUAUGACCAGCAGCCGCCAUGGGGCAACCAGCCUGACCAGCCUCCGUGGGGCCAGAGGGAGGCCCCAUUUCCUCCACGCAUACAGAGACCUCCCCAUUUCAGAGGGCCCUUCCCUCCUCACCAGCAGCCACCUCCUUUCAACCAGCCCCCACCACCACCACCACACAAUUUUGGACGCUUCCCACCACGCUUUAUGCAGGAUGACUUUCCUCCCAGACACCACUACGACAGGCCGCCGUACACCCCACACCGCUUUGACUAUGCUCAGGGAGAUUAUCCUGGAGACAUGCCAGGUCCUCCCCCCCAUCACCAUCCCAGUCAGAGGCUGCCUCCCCCAGGUAUGGGGGCUGAUCAUCCUCCCUGGGGUGCAGGCCAGCACCCCGAUUUUGGUCCACCCCCACACGGCUUCAAUGGCCAUUCACCUCACAUGCGUCAUCGGCAGCAUCCGGUCCAAGAUGACCCCAGUCUGGUGCCCAACGUACCCUACUUUGACCUGCCAGCUGGUCUCAUGGCUCCGCUAGUCAAACUCGAGGACUGUGAUUAUAAACCUCUGGACCCUAAAGACAUCCGGCUGCCCCCUCCUAUGCCACCUAGUGAUCGGCUGCUUGCUGCUGUGGAAGCUUUCUACAGUCCUCCAUCCCAUGAUCGGCCUAGGAACAGUGAAGGCUGGGAGCAGAAUGGCCUGUAUGAGUUCUUCAGGGCAAAGAUGAGAGCUAGGAGAAAAAAGGGACAGGAGAAACGCAACAGUGGUCGUGGAGGUAGUCGCUCCAGGAGUCACUCUCGCAGCAGAGGGAGGUCUUCGUCUCGCUCCAGCUCUCGCUCCUCCAAGUCCUCCAGGUCACGGUCGCGGUCAUCUCGCUCCCGCUCUCGGAGCCACUCCCGCUCCUACUCCCGAUCCAGGUCUAGGAGUAGAUCAAGGUCAUCUCGGAGUCGCUCUCGCUCCAGAUCCAGAUCCCGUUCACAUUCACCUGCCAAGAGACGCAGAGGCCCUAAAUCGGAGAGCUCCUCCCCUCCAUCCACAUCGGUGGUCGGGGGCCCUCCCCCUAAACUGUCUGCAGAUACCAGGCUAGGGGAGGAGAACAAGGGCCAUCAACUGCUGAUGAAGAUGGGCUGGAGUGGUUCAGGUGGUUUGGGGGCCAAAGAACAGGGCAUCCAGGACCCCAUCAAAGGUGGAGACAUCAGGGAUAAAUGGGACCAGUAUAAAGGUGUGGGGGUGUCAUUGGAUGACCCUUAUGAAAACUAUCGCAGGAACAAGAGCUACAACUUUGUCGCCCGCAUGAAGGCACGAGAGGAAGUCAAUCGGGAACCUCAGGAGGCCCCUUCAACUGACUGAUGUCAUCAGAUAGCAUCGAACAAUCCCCUCCUCUUCUCAGUCACCACCUCCAACAGUCCCAAAUCCCUCCUCUUUCCUCAGAAACACCUGCGACAAUAUGAAAUACCACCACAUUUGACUGCGAAGUGUUUUUGACCUCUGCUCUGUCAAGAGCAUGAAUGAGUUUGUCCAAGCAGAAAGCAUCUGAUUUGCGGAUGGAACAGUCAAAAUUAGUAACAGCACAGAAUUCCACCACGGUUUGCUGGAACUAACUCUCUAAUGACAAAGAUGGAUCACAGCACUCAUUAUUUCACUUCUAAUGUUUUAGAAUUGACGUUUUUUUCAUCAGUCUGUAGAAGUGUCAGUGUGUAGUCUGAUAAUAGGGCUGACUCAGACAGUUAAGAUAGCUGCAGAAUAAUUGGAACAAAUGCUUAAAAAUUGAGAAUAGAAAAGUAUCAAGGCAGUGCUGUUUAAAGUGAAUGGAUGUCUCUUUAAUAAAUGUCAACAGGGUCAAUUAGGUAGUAUGCUAAAUAUUGCAACAAAAAAAAUGUAACAGGUUUUACACCUUUGUUUUCAUUCAGGAUCUGUUCACCCAAAUCAGAAGAAAAUUCUCAUUUGCUCUAUUUGGUAUCUCUAAUAAAUGCUUUAUGUUCAUUUGCAGAAGAUUUUGAAAUUUAGUUUCCUUAAAAAACCUCAACAGCAGUGUUUUUCUUCCACAUAUGCUACAGUGGGAGUAUUUUCUGCUGAAUAAACAGUUCUAAUGAAAGUGGCGAACUGAGUAAUGUCAGAAAUGUCAUUGGUGGAUAUUUCAAAUCUUGUAUAUCGUUAGGAGUGCGUGGACAUGUUUUGUCAUUUGGGUGAGCUGACCAUUGAGGACAAAAACUAUACUAAGAAGGAAUGGUGGCUUCUCUGAAGAUUGUUGUUUUUCUGCAGCUAAUUAUUGUGAUACUUUUUCAUGUAAGGACUUAUUAUAUGGACAUAUUGUCAUUCAGUUGUAGUAUAAAAGAAAUCCCACAAAACAAGGUUUUGAAAAUGAAAUCAGCAGUAACCCUAACCCUUUUUUUCUCCAAAACACUGUAGAGACAUUACUGUAAUAAAUAACUCUGACUUAAA